GCUACCCGCUAGCUUCAGUCUGCGCUCGGCCACCACCUUGUUCGCUCGUGUCUGUGACGCCGUGCUGUGACAUAUUUGACAGUUGUUAUCGUGAAUCGUGUGAUGUUUUCGUAUCGGAACUAUGGUGUAUCCCAAUGAAAAUGUGGAGUGAUUUCCAGGGCUCGGGCGGCGGGUGCGGCGCCAAGCGGCGCGCCGGCUCCCCGUGUGAGGGCGGCGGCAAAGUCGCGCGCUGGGAAGACUCGAUCGCGCGGCUAGAGGCCGUGGCCGCCGGCGCGGGCGGCGGAGACUGCUGGCGCUCCGAGGAGGAGGAGCGGCGCGCGUGCCGCCGGCGCUGGUGUGGCGGCUGGUGCGGUGCGCACGAUACCAUUCGGGCCGAGAACGGCAAGUCCUACCUGGAGCUGGGCGGUGCUGCUGCGCGCGCCUGCUGCGACGGCCGCGCGGCUGGUCGCUGUGCCUCUCGUCGCUGCUACCGCGAGAGGCGGUUCAAAAUGAUGAAUCUGUGUGCGCUGAAACUGGCGCGCUUACGCCAGACGGCGGAUCCGUCGCUGAGGCGCUCUGUGCUCGUCUGCAAUACGUUACGUGGCAUCGAGCGCGAGAUGGAGCGCGAGAGUGCCGAGGAGGCGCCCUUCGAGCCGGCGUGCGUAGCUGGUGGAGUAGCACGCUGCGAGCUGUUGAGCUCUCGCGACCCGGCGGCUGGUCGUGCCACCCCCUUCCCUGCGCCGCCACCGCCGGACCGAGACUCCGGCUACGGCGACGAAGAGCAACGGACCAUCGACUGGGGCUCCGUACUGAGCCUGUCAUCGAGGUCGGCGCUCGACCCCCCCGAAGACGCGUGGCCCGACGACUGGGGCUGGAGCGAGGACAGCUUCGUGCGGCUGCUAGUGCCGACGAGUUAGUGCACGGCGCGCGGGCAGGACUCGCCCGCGCCCCACUGAGCGCCUGUGAUAGCGCGGGCCGCGCCGCGCGGUGA